AGUAGUUCAUGUAGCUAGCUAGUGUGAAAUUGGGGAAGUAUUCUAUUUUGUAUUUGUUUUUUUUAACAAUAUAAUUAAAGCAUGUGUCUUUUUCUGCCCAAGUUGCACGCACAACAAAAUUAAUUGAGCUUUUGAUGCACUAUAUAUACUUCAUGAACCACCUUACAAAAUGUAGUGAAACUUCCAUAAGAUUUCUUAUAUUUAUACUUUAAUUUUAUCUCAUUUUUUUUUUCUUUUUCUUCAUACCCACCAAAAAAAUACAAGCUUUAGUACCAUACCCAAUACAAUUAUGCAAUGGAACCCAAAUCAAGUUCUCAAACUGUCAUAGAAAUUGUUAUAGAUCAACCAAAGUUAUUAGCAAAUAAUAAUGAUGCCAAUAAACACACCAAAGUUAACAUUUAUGAGUAUUUUGUAAAUACCAUAUUAGUUAAAUUUCAUGCAGGUUAUUUUAGAGUAAGUUUUUCCUUGUGUGCUCAAGCAUUACUAUGGAAAAACUUAAUCGAAUUCAUCAAAAAUAACCACCACCACCAUCAUUUACGCAAUUUGGCUAUAUUCCACGUGCUACCAUCAAUAGCUUGUACACUUACAUGGUCAAUUUCUCUAGGCAUGUUAAUCUCACUAUCUAUUCUUUACGCGUUAAGGUGUAUAUAUCACUUUGGAAAAGUUAAGGGCGAGUUCUUACACCAUGUAGGGGUAAACUAUUUGUUUGCACCUUCGAUGUCAUGCCUCUUAUUGCUACAAACCUCACCUUUUAACCUACCAAUGCGCGAUAACAUCUAUAUGCGACUACUUUGGUGGGUGUUUGUGCUUCCAAUCAUCAUCCUAGACAUAAAAAUUUAUGGACAAUGGUUCACAAAGGGAAAGAGGUUAUUGUCAAGGGUGGCAAACCCUACUUGUCAACUAUCAAUUAUCGCGAAUUUGGUGGCUGCUAAGGCUGCCGUAGACAUGGGAUGGUUAGAGAUUGCUUUGUGUUUGUUCUCAUUGGCUAUGGCUCAUUAUCUGGUGUUGUUCAUCACACUUUAUCAGAGACUUCCAGGGAGUAAUGGUGUGUCGAUGAUGCUAAGGCCGGUUUUCUUCUUGUUUAUCGCGACUCCAAGCAUGGCGAGCUUAGCUUGGGGCUCUAUAAAUGGAAAAUUUGAUGAAGGUUCCAAGAUGUUGUUCUUUCUCUCCUUGUUUCUCUUCAUGUCCUUGGUAAGUAGACCAACAUUAUUCCAUAAAUCGAUGAGAAAGUUCAACAUAGCGUGGUGGGCUUACUCGUUUCCUAUGACGUUACUAGCGUUGGCGUCACUUGAGUAUGCGCAACAAGUGAAGAAUGGUGUUGCUCAUACGCUUGCUCUUGUGCUCUCAAGUCUUUCUAUUUUGGUCACUCUUGCUUUAAUGGUCCUUACUACCUUCAACAUCAACAAAUUGUUCACUCGCACUCAACCAAAUAACCAAUAAAUAUCUUUACUAGCUUAUACAGAUCGAAAAAGUAUAUGCGAACAACUAUACAAUCUAUUCUUAUCCUUUAUGACAAUAGCAAGUAUUUGUUGGUAUUUUUAGACCUCACGUUCAUGUAAUAUUGUUCUAACAUGAGGUUUUGAAGUACCAAUAAAUUAUGGUUAUUGUUUUAGAAGACAAGAGCAGUUAUUGAUUUAUAUGCCCUCAAUAGGAAUUUACUUUAUUUAUUUUUCUUUCUUUCAUUCUUUCUUUAUUUAUUAUAGAUGGAGGUAUGUGUAAUAAAAAAAAAUUGAUCUUUGAAAGUAGACACUUUGUCUAAUUAAGUAUCCAUUUUUUUUGUUUGGUCUUUAUACUUUAAGUAUAUUAAGACGUGUACAGAAAUUUGAUGUGUAGAUAAUGUUUUGAAAUACGAACACAAGAUAAAACGUUUGCUCAACUCAAAGAAUGACCAUCUCAGACUGUUUUUAUGAUUACUUUUGUUUUUAGUUGUGCUUAAGCUAACAAUUUAUAUUGCAUUAUACUAAU